AUGGCUGUGCCCAACUAUGUCGCAUCACCUCCAACUCGACCUGCCUCUCCCUCCCCAGCAAUUCCGAGUUUCUGUGAUUCAAAGUGCAAGGCUAGGUGUGCCAAGGCAGGAUACUACGACCGCUGCUAUGACUUCUGCAUAAUCUGCUGCAAAGAUUGCAAGUGUGUACCUUCAGGGACUUAUGGAAACAAGUCAGAAUGUCCAUGCUACAGAGACAAGUUGAGCUCAAAGGGCACCUCCAAAUGCCCUUAA